UCCCGAACAGAUGUGUGCUCUGUCUGUGUUGACAAAAUACCCGCAAUAACUCACCAAAACAAAGCCAGAUACACUCGUUAACACAAAGAAUAACAUCGUUUUCGCCGUUGGACAUCCGCUCAUGUGGGCAGAAGGCGUAGUGUCCGGUUUCAUGGCUGUUUGAGAGAGAUAUUGGGCGCAAUCUCGCCAUGGCCACCGAAAACAGGAUUCAUUUCUGGAGGAGAAACGCAAAGGUUCCCGGAAGAUUCAAAGACACCCCUAAGGCCAGCACUGUAAACACCAAAUCAAAAAAGCCAUCAACAUUCCACGAAUUUGCACGGAGCACCAAUGACGCAUGGGACAUUGAUGAUGAAGAGGAUGACGGUAUGUUUGGUCUCAAACAGCCCUUGUCCUCACCUGUUCAAUCACGGCCCACACCUCAAACGCCUCGCCUUAAACUCUUCAAAGCCCCAGAGGACACAGAGCCACAGCCACGCCCACUAGACAGGCAGGAGCCAAUCGGCACACAACUCGAUCAAGAUGAACUGGCAGUGGAGAGCGGUCCAGCCAAUGGCAGGGUAGUGAAGUCCUGUAGUGACGCCCAGCUGAAUGUUAAUGCAGCACGCAAUAUCCUGCAGAAACAGCAGUCACUUCCAGUACGGCCUGUCAUUCCAUUGGUUGCUCGCAUUUCAGACCAGAACGCAUCUGGAGCUCCGCCCAUGACGGUGAGAGAGAAGACGCGAUUGGACAAAUUCAAGCAACUGCUCGCCAGCCCCAACACAGACUUAGAGGAGUUACGGAAGCAUAGCUGGUCAGGAAUCCCACGUGAAGUUCGCCCAAUCACAUGGAGACUUUUAUCGGGCUAUCUUCCAGCUAAUAAGGAACGACGGGAUCUGGUUCUCCAGAGAAAGAGGGAGGAGUAUUUUGGCUUCAUUGAGCAGUAUUACCACUCCAGAACAGAUGAGAACCACAGGGACACAUACAGACAGAUUCACAUCGAUAUCCCGAGGACAAACCCUUUGAUUCCUUUGUUCCAGCAGCCACUGGUGCAGGAGGUCUUUGAGAGGAUUCUGUUCAUCUGGGCUAUCCGUCACCCCGCUAGUGGAUACGUGCAGGGCAUUAAUGACCUAGUCACACCCUUUUUUGUGGUCUUCCUCUCAGAAUUCGUAGAGGAGGAUGUGGAAAAUUUUGAAAUGGCAAGCUUACCCCUGGAUACGCAACGAAACAUCGAAGCUGACAGCUUUUGGUGCAUGAGCAAAUUGCUGGACGGCAUACAGGACAACUACACAUUCGCCCAACCUGGCAUUCAGAUUAAAGUCAAGGCGCUGGAAGAGCUCGUCAGCAGAAUAGAUGAGGACGUCCAUGUGCACUUUCAGAAAUGUGAAGUGGAGUACCUGCAAUUUGCGUUCCGCUGGAUGAACAAUUUGCUGAUGAGGGAGCUGCCAUUACGCUGUACCAUUAGACUGUGGGACACCUACCAGGCGGAGUCAGAAGGCUUCUCCCAUUUCCACCUCUACGUGUGCGCCGCCUUCCUCAUCAAAUGGCGCAAAGAGAUCCUCUCCAUGUCGGACUUUCAGAACUUGCUGAUCCUCUUGCAGAACCUUCCCACAAUCCACUGGGGGAAUGAAGAGGUGGGUUUGCUGCUGGCUGAGGCCUACAGACUCAAAUACAUGUUUGCUGACGCUCCGAGCCACUACAAGAGAUGAGAUCCCUAACUGGAUCUCACCGUGACUCUACAAAUCCAGACAAUGUUCUGACCAAACAAUGGAAUCAGUCAAAACUUUCCUCUUUGCUCUGGUUAAUCUGACACGGCAAAGACAGAGGUCAACAAUUUUCUCCAAGGACUUCAAAUUUGUUUCAUCGUCUGUUACAAUUCACGAUCAAGGAUGAGACAAAUAAAUGACCACGAACAAAUUGGAUAUUUUGAACUCCAUAUAAUCUGAUUUUAGAUUAUUUCGGGAGAUAUCUGACAAUGAGAUGGCGAGGAAAAGAGAGCUUUUAUAGGAACAUAUAAAAGUAUGAACCUAAAAACAGAAAAUAUCCUUCAAAUCUAAUAGUAGGUUGUUUUUCCCUCAUAGUUUCCCAUUUGUUUGUUUUUUUUUUGCCUCUGAUGUGGUGGAACCCUCUCAUGUUUUGGGUUAUUACACCAUAAUGUGAUCUCCUUGGCCUCUUUGCUCAUUGCAACAUUGAUUGUACCACAGGUAGGUACACGGGUCGAUUCCCACCUGUAAUCACUCAGAGACUGUAUUAUUGAAGCUAUGGCAGCUUUAAAGGGUCAAUUCUCAAGAGACUGAGCGUUUCAGUCGGACCAAUCCGAAUAAUCAAUACGGCACAGCCUGAGCGAUGUGUUUUGGUUUUCUUUGGGGUUUUUAUGCUUAUUAGAAUCAAAAGAAUGUGAAUUUUUAACAAUCUUAGAUGAGAAUCUAAUCUUUUAAAGUGGUGUUAUAUGCAUUCGAACCUGUUGCACAAUUAUUUCUUAGAAAGUGGGUACUUUUAAGAGUUUUAACUUUGGUGCUUGACAACUACUGACGUAAUGUUUCAGCACAGACAGCUGAAUCAAACUGUGAUGAAAUAUUAAUAUUAGUUUUUAAGUCGAACUCCUAAAGACAUGCCUAGGUCACAUUCCAACCCCAAAUCAAAAGAAACAAAUAAGAAAUGAAACUUUGUUUAAAGACAAUUAAUACUUAAAAUGAAGAUUGUUUCAUGACAUUCUCAUUACCAUAAUACA